CAUAUCAGAUCUAACUAAUUUCGAAAACUCCAUACAAACUUUUACUGUGCGAGCAAUGGGUAUGAAUAGUCGUCAAUGAACAUGAACAGUCGAAUGGCAGAAGCUACUAUUCACUAUUCACUUUCACUAUCUACCCUUUUGCAGAGCAACAAAAAUACAAACAUAAGCUAUUGAAUAGUUUCGAAUCGCACUGCAUGGAUGGAUUCCAUGAGCAUUACCCUAUCGGUCGACCCAAAUUGCUUUACGUCACAACUGAGAAAGCAAACAAUUCGCACUUGCCCACCAAUUGUAUUGUGGCCUUUUCAUUUUUCAUUUUUCAUUUUCUACAUAUGUAUAUUUUUGGUCGAACGGCAGCCACAACGUGCCUGCAUUGUUUCUCCGCCCCCCAAAAGCGCCCCAUCUGCAUCACCUGAAAGGUGCGAAACGGAUGGACAACAAUAUACAUGUAAAUGUGUAUGUAAAUAUGUAUAUGGGUAUGCAAAAUAUACUUGGUCAUAAAAGAUCAACGAAGUUUUGAAUGCAAUUCGGGCGAUCAUCGAAGCAUUUCCCAGGAGAUCUAUGCAUCUGGACUUCUGGGGCAAACCAACAUGGGAGCACACCUUAACCCAUGAUGACCCUGGCCCGUGUCGUGCAUAUCAUUAAUGACCCAACCAAUUAUCGUGUUCUAAACAGCAAAACAAAAAGCAUUUCGAGACUCGAACAUCAAAGCGCUUUAAGUUGCGUGUUCUCAAUUGGAAAAAAAAGCAGUUUUAUGUUUUUUAAUCGAAGAGAAAAUAAUCUCAUAUGCAAGUGGUGAAAAUAAAAAGAAAGGUGGGUGUUUUAACAAUGAAUGAACUUGGUAUGUAGCUAAAUUUAAUAUCAAAUUAAUUUAAUUUAAUUUUUUUAUUAAUUGAAUUCAGCAGAAGAAUUAAGAAGAGCGUUUGAACUAUAAGGCACCCAUUACUCACAGCCAACCAAAAAUAUUUGUUCUUUGUUAUAAUACCUAGUUGUAACAUUUUACCCAAAUAUAUUACCUAUUUUCUUUCGUUAUAUGUAUGCCAAUACCAUUUUCUGUAGUUGAUAGGUCUGGCAACUUAAUGUACAGCGAUUUCUGAUAAGCAUUUUAGUGUUUUUCAAGAGGGCAUGUUCAAUAAAGUGCCUAUAUCGACCAUACCCCACCGAAACUACAGCUCCAUGCGAGUUAAGUAAAUAAACACCAACAAAGAUGACUCAGGCAGCAAAUCGCUAUUGUUGCUAAUGACUGAGAGCCGGGCUUGGGAAUCGAGUUUAAAACCGUCAACGGCACUUUGGAAGCGGUUUAGUUUGAGUCAAACGCGCAUUCGGAAAACAUGUCGAAUUUCAAUCGCAUUCUGAUCGUCAUUGUGAUCGCGUUGGCACUUGUUCAUUUUAGUGCUGUGGAUGCCCAGGCCGGCACGGUGCACUGGAACAAUGGGAAUGCGGGCGGCGUGGGCGUCUACUCGAACGCCCAGUCCAGCGGGAUGCAUCCGCCGGGAAGUCUGAGUGGCCAGGAUCCGCAGUACAGCUACGGAUAUGCCGGCAUCGAUUCGCGUGGUUCCUACGGCGGAGCGGGCGGCAAUGGAGCCUACUACGUGAGCGGCACUGACGAGCAUGGUCGUCCCUUCUCCUACGGCAACCAGGUGGGUCAGCCGGGUCAGCCGGGCUACAUGGGCGUACGGCCGGAUCCCAACUACCCGGGAUCCUAUGGCUACCACAAUGGUGGAGCAAUCUUCGCCAGCUCGAUGGGCGUCACCGUGACCAUAGCACUUGGAUUGGCCUUGGCGGGCAUGAGACUUUGAUGCGGUUGCAGCGUGGGAUCGUUUUUUUUUUUUUUUAAUUAGUCUCUAAGCUUAAUUUAUGUAAAGUUUUCAGUUGUGUAAAUGCAUCAUUAAAUACAAAAAACUUAAAAUCUA